AUGCUGAUGAGGAAUGCCAUCACUGCAUCAAAAAACGCAAAUUGUGUGGACUUCACUGGUUGGAACAGCAUUAUUCCACUUUUUCAUGUUAGAAAACACAAAGCACCACCAACUAACAACGAAAACCAAGAAGAAAGCACAUCUGAUGAGAUAAAUGCCAUGUGUGAACAGUUGGACCGAAGUGGGCACAGCGAAUUUACUUCUAAUGUGCUUUUUUACAUCGCUGGGUACAUAGUAUCAAAGCUAAUGGAAAACCUACCUUGUUCUGCAUGUAAAAGAAGCCUUUUCGCUCUGCCAAAACAAACCCCUGAAAAUGGGCAUGAUUACACCUCCAGUUUAUAUCAUGAGGCUGGCAAAGCAUCGUCUUUCACUAGAUUCGUCAAUCAAGGUGGUUUACAAAUCCCAUCAACCUCGGUAUUUCGAACAAUCGAGUACAGUGAACACGUUUUUAAAGCAACGGUCUGUGGUAAAGAUCAUCAACAAAUAAAUAAACAACGAGAAAAAUCUAAAGAAAAAAAUGAUAAUCAACGUAUGUCACCACUUCACACUGGAUACAACAGUGGAUGUUUUCACAGAUCAUGA